AUGGCGAUCAUAUCUGACCCAAAAUCCGACAGAGGUAGCAAAGAGCUCUUACGAGAAGCAGUUGAAACAUUCUUGGAAGUGGCCAAUAUCGCGCAGCAAAAUGAAAUCAGCCCAAAUGUCAAACGAUUCUACAGUCAUCUCAGCUGCCACUGCUACAGGCUACUGGGACAGUUGUCACAGGCACAGGAUAUCACUUCAGUCUUGGGUGGAAACCUACUAAAAGAAGCUGUGUCUCACCUCGGGUUAUUAAUCCCAGAAAGCGGUCUAUCAGAAUUUGGUGGUUAUUCUGUCGCCCUUGAGACGCGACUCAGGAUGCUAAGCCUUUGGUGGAGGGAGACCAAAAGGCAGUCACACGAAGCAAAGCUCGACUUCAUCAAUAGAUGGCUACGACCUGAUAUCUCCACGGAGGAGAGACAAGAGGUGGAUACAGUACUUGAGAGCUUAGCGGAUACGCUCGAUAAGCAACAACCGAAACAGACCAUUCAAAGAACCAUCCACAAAGCCGCGUCUCUCGAUAUUGGACAGCCAACCUUUGCUGUUUGGAAAGCUGCCAAGUCCAUCUUUGAUGCCUUGGUUGACUGUAGAGGAUGUACCUGUCCUUCACAGCAUGAGUAUAGGGCCAAGCUCGAGUUAGGAACAUACCGCACAACGGAAAAGAAUGUGGCUGUCAAGCCUGCAAGGAGACGUGUUCGCAGGCAUGUCCCAGACGAUGAUGUGUCUGGCUGUCUUGAGCUGAACAUGUUCUUGACUAUGGAACAAGAUUGGCACGAAUUUCGAGUGCAGGACGUAAGAGAGAAGACUGUUCACUUUGCAUCUCCCUCCAACAAAUCAACACUUAGGGGUAGUGCCAGUAGGGGAAAACACACCAAGGUUGAGAAACUGUGCACACCAAUCUUCGAGACCCGGGCUAAAGCUCUACAACGACUCGUUCUACGCUUAACUAGUGGGGAACUCUAUCAGCUAGGAUUUGAAAAGAGCAAUAUCGACAAAACUACAGAACCAAUCUCCCUUACUCAAUGUUUCGAAGAGAGAAGGGACUUUUUCAUGGACAAGACUAAGCGUAUCUUGUCCUUAAUCAUCGGCUACACGGUCCUUCAUCUGUACGGGACUUCAUGGCUUCAGUCGGGAUGGGGGUCUUCGAGCAUCAAGUUCUUCCAAACAACGUCAAAUACGAUCCCUCUCCGGCCUUUCAUCGAGACACAACUGCCCAAAGACGGUGCUACUGAUUUGGCUGAUGGUUCUGAGGAUGAUGAGAUCAACGACAUGGAUGCUGGACAUUGCUGUCCAGAGCUGGUAGCACUGGCUGUUGUUCUGUUGGAGAUCAACUUUGUCAAACCUUUCAGCCAGCUAGCAGCCAUGCACGACAUCCAACUAAUAGAGACUCGGAGCGGACGUAUCACUCUCAUGGACGUUGAUCAAGUUCUCGAGGGAGAAGAGGGCGGCGAAGAAGGAUGGCGAUAUCAGAUCCCGGAGGAGUCUCUCCUGCUGGAAGCUAUUGAUAACUGCCUUGACCCAGAGCUAUGGGAAGACGAGGGACAACCCUUGGAUGAUGAGACACUCAGGUCACGAAUAUAUGACAAAGUUGUAAGGCCUCUACAAGAUCACCUUACUACCGGCUUUGGUAUCGAAGUGGAAUCCCUCGACCAGUACGCCAAGAACUUAGACUUUUCAAAAUGGAGCCAAGGCAUCGUCACACAAGAUUCAUAUAGCCAGUCCGUCUUUCUUUCACCAAAGACAGGCACGCCUUGUCGAAGCCCAUCCCCGGCAAGCCUUCCACUGCGAAACAAGUUUUCUAUCAGCACGCAGAUAGACAGAUCGAUGCAGCAGUAUUCACAAAUGCGCUCCAUGCUACCAUAUUCAGCAUCAGACUUGGAUCUUACUACUAAUUGCGACGGCCCACAAAGAGCUUUCCAAUUCUUUGAUGACCAAACUAACGACGGGCCUAUGUUUGCAAAUGAGAGAGAAAGAUAUAAAAUCCGGAAACAGGAUUACCUGAAUGUUUACGACAAAUUUGUGGGUAGGCCUUUUGCGAAGUCUACUUCCACGCCAGUCAAGAUCGCCAUCCUAGACACGGGCAUUGAAAGAGGCCAUGCACUUGUGGAACCUCGCGAAGAUAGUCUCAAAGGAAAGAAGAACUUCUACAAUCCCUUACAGACGAACGUCGCAGAUACACACGGACAUGGCACGUUUACUGCAAGUCUCAUUAUGGACUAUGCUCCAGAUGCAGAAUUGUACAUAGCAAAAAUUGCAGACAAGGAAAAUACAAGACCUGAUGCUAGUAUUGUUGCAAAUGCAAUUCUACAUGCUAUUGGUGAGUGGCAAGUUGACAUCAUUUCCAUGUCCUUCGGAUGGCCUUCCUCCGAUUUUGACGGCUACGAAGCUCUCGAAGCAGCUAUUGAUAAAGCGUACUCUAAGAAAGUCCUCAUGUUUGCCGCCGCUGCUAAUAGCGGUGGUCGCCUUUCUCGCGCAUACCCAGCAAGCAGUCCGCAUGUUAUUUGUGUGCAUUCCACGGACGCGUUAGGAAACGCCUCUGAUUUCAGUCCAACGGCUGAUCCAAACUCAAUAAAUAUCGCCACAGUCGGUGAGUGUGUAGAGUCGGCAUGGCCCUCGUUUCUAUGCGAUAGCUCGAAUUAUGACUGUGUCAAAUCUCGAAGCGGCACAUCGUAUGCUGCGCCUAUUGUUGCAGGUGUUGCUGGCUUUUUGCUACAGUAUGGUCGCCUGCAUUUAACGGGUGGUGAGGCAAUUGCAAUGAAGAGACGAGAUAGGAUGGAGGCGGUACUGAGACGAUGCGCAGAGCGAGGCCCAAAUUAUCAGCCUAGGGGUGGAUAUUUCUCGGUUGAUCUCAGUUUGGAAAAGCAGAAUCUGUUUGGAGAGACGCUCGAAUGGGUGAGCUAUGAGAUUGGGAAGGUAUUGAAAGCAUAG